AUUUGUGCAAGAGCAUCAAAAGUGAUAAAAUGCCUUCAUAUUACAUAAUUUCAUCACUAACUGGAAAUUCUAAGGGUCACAGUGGAACAUGCUCUCAAGAAAACCCACAACCUGAGGACACUUUAGUGAAGAAGAAUGAACUCCUGCUCGGCCGCUUCUGUCGCUUCAUCGUACGGGAGGUGAAAGGAGAAGGUGUGUUUGGUAAAGUGGCCAAGUGCAUCAGAGAAGACACCGGUGAGCCCGUGGCAGUGAAGAUCCUGAAGAGGACAAACUGUCUGGAUGAUGUUGAGAGAGAGCUUGAGAUGCUGCUCAGAAUCCGCCAGCUGGAUCCAAGAAAGAACAAUCUUGUUCAUUUCUUGGAUAGUUUGGAGCAUCGAGGGCAUCCGUGUCUGGUGUUUGAGAUGCUCGACAGAAGUCUCCACGACGUGUUUGUGGAGAGGGGCUGCAGGCCGCUCCCUCUGUCCGUCAUCAGGAUCAUUCUCAUGCAGCUGCUACAAGCUCUGGACGCCCUGAAGAGCAUCGGUGUGAUCCACACAGACAUCAAAAUGGACAACAUCAUGCUCGUGGAUCACAUGGAAAAGCCAUACCGGGUCAAAUUAAUCGACUUUGGUUUGGCGAUUCCAGCUGACCAUGUCAGGCGGGGCAUGACCUGUCAGCCUGUGAGUUACAGGUGGGUUCAUCCUGGACAGUUCUUGUUUUAG